UUGGAAACAGCAGCUUCUCAGCAGCCUCACAUUUUCAACGAUACCCAAAAGCCGAGUCGCCAAGGCUGAAACUUUCAUCGAAAUUUCUCGAUCUAUCUUCUGAAUCAGAUUGACCUUAGGGUUAGGGUUUCAGCUUUCAAUUUCUCAACAAUCGGUUCAGAUUUCUAGAUAUCUACGGUUAGUGUUUUCACCAUAAUGAGUCGUCCACAGGAACCACACCGACCUUUCUUCCAUUUUGGAAAUCCUUUCCGGAUGAUUUCACCAAAGGGUUCUCAUCUGUCUCCAAAGCUUGUUGCACUGUUAAACACUUUUGAGGAGACAUUGGCUGGGAGGCUGAGAAAGCUUAACCCGAAUGACAAGGAUGAUGUCCUCAGCUUGUCAUGGAUGAAAUUGGCGAUGGAGUCUCUUUGUGGAACUCAUAAUGACAUAAAAACCCUCAUAUCUGAGAUUGACCUCCCUGUGAGUGACUGGGAUGAGAAAUGGAUUGACGUGUACUUGGACAUCAGUGUAAAGUUGCUUGAUGUAUGCAUUGCUUUUAGCUCUGAGAUCUCACGUUUAAACCAGGGCCAUCUAUUUCUUCAGUGCGUCUUGCAUAAUUUGGAUUCCACCUCUUCUAACCAAUUUAUUCGGGCCCGCUCUUCACUUGAUGGCUGGAGGCACCAUAUUGGUUCAAAGAACCCCAGAGUUGAGAACUGUAGCACCAUUUUAGACAAGCUUGUGGAAUCCCUUGAUCUGCCAAAGGUGAAGAACUCAGCCAAAGGGAAACUUCUAAUGCGUGCUAUGUAUGGAGUGAAGGUGUUGACAGUAUCUGUUUGUAGUGUCUUUGCUGCAGCCUUUUCUGGUUCUGCAAAGAAGUUGUUAGAUUUGAAUGUUGCUGAGACGUAUUUGUGGGCUCAAGCAUUUAAUGACUUUCAGGGUAAUGUAAAUGGGGAAAUUAGAAAUGUAUUUUCUAGCGGAAGAUUCAUGGUACUUAAAGAGCUGGAAGCAGUUGAUGGUAUUGUAAAGGAGUUGUAUCCCAAGAUCCAAGAUGGUGUGGGCCUUGCUGAAGGGAAAGCGUUCCACAGUUCUAUUUCUGAUUUAGAAAGUAAGGCACAGAAACUUUCUCAGGGACUUGAUCUUCUUACAAAGGAAGUGGAUGGCUUUUUCCAAAUCCUUUUAACUGGACGCGACGCAUUGCUUUCGAAACUGAGAUCAGGGGGAGCAGUCUCAGACCAGAUGCUGGCGGGAAAUGUAGGAGCUCAGGUUGUCAGAUGAUCAUAGCGAAGCUAAUCUCUCUUAUUUAUAAAGAUGGUUUUAGGUAUGGGGCUUUAUGUUUUCUGAUUUUUGUAAGUAUUCCAUCUUGUAUGGCUUGUUGUAAUCAGUAUGUUGUGAGUUGUAGUUACAGUAUUACUGUAUUGCCUUGUUGUAUAAGUAUGUUGAACUAUGGGUUGCUAAUGAUAUAUGAAAGGGUUUGGUUUGAAA